UUUCUUUUCCUGGUGAAGACAUUUUCAAGCAAAAAUUACACCAAGCAGUAAACUAUUCAGAAAAUUAUUUGAAAAAUCUUAUUAAUGACACUUUGGAAACUUGUGCGUUUACAACUGACUUGUGGACUAAAGCACAUAAAUCUUACAUUGGAAUCACCAUACAUUGGCUUACUUCUGGAUUUGAAAUGCACAAGACCUUGCUUACAAUUGAAAGCUUUCCAUAUCCACAUACAUCCGAACACAUUGAAGAUUGUUUGUGUAAAGAACUAGUAAAAUGGAAUUUAAGCAACAAAUGUUUAGCAGGUGUAACAGAUAAUGCUAGUUCAAUGGUAAAAGCAAUGAGAGAUCUUGAAAUCUUACAUAUUUGGUGUACGGCUCAUACUAUUCAACUUGGAGUUACGAAUGGCUUAAAAGAAGCAACUGUUUUAAUUAGUCAUGCAAAAGCCUUAAAUACCUUCAGAUAA